GAGAGAGAGAGAGAGAGAGAGAGACGGGUUGUGCUGUGCGUGCUCUGUGUCACUUUGCGCUCCCCGGAGAGAGAGAGAGAGAGACGGGUUGUGCUGUGCGUGGUGUGUGUCACUAUGCCCUCCCCGGAGAGAGAGAGAGACGGGUGAGAAAGUGCGUGAACAACCGGACCGGUAACCGGAAAUAAUAAUGGACAUGGCGGGACCGGUCAGUCAUCAGCAACGGAUAUUUGCUUCAGGUUGGAGUCCCGUGAGUCUGUCUGACUUUACCGAAGAGAACGAGAAGGGGAAAGUUCCAAGUCUACCCGGUAACUUUUCAUUCCAGAGAGAGUUGGGACAUCUUUAUGAUUAUUGUGGAAUGCUGUUGUCUAUUUAACUAGUGUUCCGAUUUUUUUUUUUUUUUUUUUAUCGGUUACUGCACCGGUGGGUCUAGAGCCAUGGCGUUAUCGCAGAUCCAGUGUUUGGAUGAGAAUAACGUGAACCUCCGGACGCAUGAAUCCAAACCUGACUUUUUUUAUUCCGAGGAGCAACGAUUAGCGCUCGAGACGCUUCUCCGGGAUGGACGCGAUGCCUUUAAUAAGUUCCUCCACGCGACCAGUCUCCGGUGUUUCCUGUCGGACCAGGAGGUGGACCAGUUGACCGGGGCAGUGGAGGUGUAUGACCCGGGAUCAGAGCUCCGUCAAGGUGACUCAGACAGUGAUGAACUCCCGCUGUCUCUCCAGUACUGGCCGGAGCUGUCUGACUGCUCGCUCCCGCGGCUGGAUCUGGGCUGGCCGGACUGCGCGUCCUACAGAGGAGUCACUCGCGUCACCGUGUACGCGCAACCGCCACUGGACGGCCACACGCACAUCAAAGAGAUGGUCAGGAAAACCAUCGCGCAAGCGCAGAAGGUGAUUGCGGUGGUUAUGGACCAGUUUACAGACGUAGAUAUCUUCAGAGACCUCCUGGAGGUCUGCUUUAAGAGGAAAGUGUCUGUCUACAUCCUGUUGGAAAGAGCAGCGUUACCUCACUUCCUGUCUAUGGCCGAGAGGGCCGCCAUGCACCCGGGACACCUGAAGAGCCUGCGUGUGCGUGUGUCAGGGGGAGCAGAGUUCUUCAGCAGGUCGUGUACCAGGGUGAGAGGACGGCUGGGUCACAGGUUCCUGUUGAUAGAUGGAGACAAGGCUGUUUCUGGAUCGUACAGUUUCACCUGGAUGGCGUCUCGUUUGGACAGACACCUGGUCACCUUGGUAACGGGCCAGGCGGUUGACUCCUUUGACCAGCUGUUCCGGGACCUCUACCUGACAUCCAGCGGGGUCGACCUCCGCAGGUUCACCACGGAGACGGAACCGGAGCCAGAGCCCCUCCCCCGGGCCACCCCCGUCGCUUCUCUCUCCGCAGCUAACGCCAGGAAGCUGUUCAGCCCUAAAUACGCCGUGGUGAUCGGCAACGCUAACGCUAGCAGCGCCGGCCCCGUCUCCUCCGGAACCCAGAACUCCAACUCCCAGAACCCCCUGAAAACAAAGGUGCGUGUCCGGGAGCCAGUGGAAGCUCCGCCCCUCCACCCGGGAUUGGCCUGUCUGGAGAAAGCGUACCUGAUUCCGUACCUGCCCACCUGGCCCGAACCCGACCCCCCCAGAGAUGUCAUCGGAUUCAUCAACGUGCGGGACGCGUCACGGUCGACCCAGGUGCACCUGCAACGUUCCGAGAGGUUCGAAACGAGCCAGGCUAUUCGGUUCAGCAGUCCCUUUACCCUGCCCAAUGAGGAGACACUUCCUGACAGGGCUGUGCCUAGACCAAACCCUACCCCUACCCCUACCACUACCCCUAUCUCUACCUCUACCACUACCCCUAUCUCUACCUCUACCACUACCCCUAUCUCUACCUCUACCACUACCCCUAUCUCUAUCCCUAUCUCUACCCCCAUCUCUACCCCUACCCCUACCACUACCCCUAUCUCUACCUCUACCCCUACCCCUAUCUCUACCCCUAUCUCUAUCCCUAACUCUACCACUACCCCUAUGUCUACCGCUAUCUCUACCCCUACCCCUACCACUACCCCUAUCUCUACCUCUACCCCUACCCCUAUCUCUACCCCUAUCUCUAGCCCUAACUCUACCACUAUCUCUAUCCCUAUCUCUACCCCCAUCUCUACCCCUAUCUCUACCACUACCCCUAUCUUUACCCCUAACUCUACCACUCCCCCUAUCUCUACCCCUAUCUCUACCCCUAACUCUACCACUACCCCUAUCUCUACCCCUAUCUCUACCACUACCCCGAUCUCUACCCCUAACUCUACCACUACCCCUAUCUCUACCGCUAUCUCUACCCCUACCACUACCCCUAUCUCUACCUCUACCCCUACCCCUAUCUCUACCCCUACCCCUAUCUCUACCCCUAUCUCUAUCCCUAACUCUACCACUACCCCUAUGUCUACCGCUAUCUCUACCCCUACCCCUACCACUACCCCUAUCUCUACCUCUACCCCUACCCCUAUCUCUACCCCUAUCUCUAUCCCUAACUCUACCACUAUCUCUAUCUCUAUCCCUAUCUCUACCCCCAUCUCUACCCCUAUCUCUACCACUACCCCUAUCUCUACCCCUAUCUCUACCCCUAACUCUACCACUACCCCUAUCUCUAACCCUAUCUCUACCACUACCCCUAUCUCUACCCCUAUCUCUACCCCUACCCCGAUCUCUACCCUUAACUCUACCACUACCCCUAUCUCUAUCCCUACCACUACCCCUAUCUCUACCACUACCCCUAUCUCUACCACUACCCCUAUCUCUACCCCUACCCAUACCACUACACCUAUCUCUAACCCUACCACUACCCCUAUCUCUACCCCUACCACUACCCCUAUCUCUACCCCUACC